AUGAGGACAAUUUCUUGGAACUAUCGUGGUCUAGGCCGCACCGCGACAGUCAAAGCGUUGGGUGAGAUUAUCUCUCGUCAAAGACCCAACAUUUUAUUUUUGUCUGAAACGCAUAAAACUACUAGUUAUGUGGAGAAGAUCCGUAGGAAAAUGAGAUUCAGCCAGGGCUUCUGUGUUGACCCUAUUGGGAUUGCUGGAGAUCUUUGCCUUUGGUGGGAUGAUUCACUGCUGAUUAAUAUUGUCGACUUCUCUAAAAAUUUCUUGGAUACGAUGAUUACUUUGGUUGAAACAGGAGAGGUGGUCCGGGCUACUUUUAUUUAUGGUCCCCCUUAUCAGGAGGACAAGGAGGAUUUUUGGAAUGAAUGGUCUUUUAGGGACAAAGAGGACUCGACUCCUUGGUUGGUGAUAGGGGAUCUGAAUGAAUUACUCUCUCAGCAAGAACGUAUUGGAGAUGCAGAUUGGGACUACCACAGACAUCGUUUUCUGGGCAGUUUUAUAAACUCGAACAACCUUUUGGAUGUAGGCUUUUCUGGACCUGCGUUUACAUGGACCAGGAAGGCAUUUGGAAGGAUUAUACUUCAAGAGCGAUUGGAUAGAGCGCUUGUAUCAGCAGAGUGGCUGGUUUCGUGGCCAAAUUCUUCAGUUACUCACUUGGUCAGAGUAGGAUCUGACCAUUGUCCUAUACUUUUCUCUUUGGGCCUUAAGGAGAAUAGAAUUGGGCCUGGUUUUAAGUUUGAGUCCUAUUGGGUUGAUGAGGUGGAGAUUGUGCCUAUUGUGAGGGCCUGUUGGGGCUUUGAUUCUUCUAAAUCCUAUAUUGAUAACUGGAAUUCCAAUCUGACUUUGUGCGCUGCUAAACUAAGGCAGUGGCAUCGUACAAGGUUUCCGGUACAGGUCAAGGAGGAAAUCAAAGAUGUCCUGCAUGAACUCGAGGAAAUUCAGUGUUCCGACCCUCUCGCUAAUUGUGUGCGACAAAAUGAAUUGAAUGCCAUAUUGGGGGAUCUCUGGGAGCGAGAAGAAAAAUAUUGGCAUCAAAGAUCGCGAGUUGCUUGGUUGAAGGCUAGGGAUUCCAAUACCUGA